ACAGACAGAGGGAGGUCUGAUGAAGGCAAGGAGGCAGCCGGAGAGCAAGUCCAUUCCCGUGGAAACCACGAGUCCCUCGGUGCAGGCAGCUCUUCCUACUUUGCCGUGAGAUUUCUUUUGUGCGACUUGGCGAGGGGCUGGUGAAUGAUCUCUCUAUGUGUGCCCGGCUGAGGCCAGCCACCCCGGGAGGGGGUGACCCGGCUGAGUGGGGGCAGAGGAAGCCGGCACGGACCUUGCAGUGCUGGAAUUGGCUCGACUCUCCCAGGCAGUUUUUGAAGUCAGCAAAACAGAAAUCAAAUUACUAUCAUAUUGUGCAGGAGGAAGCUCAGGGAGAAGGGACCCUCCGCUGGCUUAAUUAUCAGGACAGACGCAGCGAGUCACAGAACAGCCAAGUGUGUCUAGCGUGUGGACCCUGAAGACCCGUGUAAGUUCUCAUGCUGCUGUAUUUUACUGCUGUGUAAUUCUCUUUCUGCCUUGAAAGGCUGCUUGGCCAAAAUGUCACCAUUUCAGUGAGCAUUUCUAGUAUGCAAAGUUGUCUGCUAAUCUUUGCUUACGACUUUUUCUGUCUUUGAUUAACUAAGCAACGUAACACAGGCUGGAAAUUCCUGACAGCAGCCGUGGCAAUUCAGCCUAAGACCGACUGAGAACUGUAACCCAAAGUACAUCCAGCUACUAUGGGAUUAACCCUGGAUGUAUCUGUAACUGACUUUCUUAGGGCAGAAUGCCUACAGCCCCCCUGCUCUGGAUUGCAUGCUAUUUUAAUCCUGCUGUGGCUAAACUAGUAUGAUCAGCAUAACCAACUGAGUGAGACAGCGCUGAGUGAGAUUCCUGGUAGUUACAAAACUUUUCUUCUUUGGCCAGGAUCCCAUUUUUCUUCCCGAAUGCUCAAAACUCAGAAACCUCUAUGUUAAAAGUUCAUUCUGAUUUUUGACCCUGCUUUGGAGAAAAACAAAUAAAUAAAACCAGGAGGAGGAUUCUACUAAAACUGUGAAGGAAGGAAAUGUCAGGAAGCUACUGCAAUUAUUUAACUUCUAUUGUAAUAAUGGGAGAAAAAAGCCAACCAAAGGAGCUCAGCACAUCUGCCAGCCUCGGUGUGACAGCUCACAGGGACAAACAGCUGAGUCGUUGAGCAGACCCUGUAACUCGUGAGUUUUUCUACACCUCAUCGACUACAAGUUCCAGCUUAGAAAUGGAUAUUCUCUGUGAAGAAAACACUUCUUUGAGCUCAGCGACGAACUCCUUAAUGCAAUUACAUGAUGACACAAGGCUGUAUAAUAAGGACUUGAACUCUGGAGAAGUUAACACUUCAGAUGCAUUUAACUGGACAGUGGACUCGGAAAAUCGAACCAACCUCUCCUGUGAGGGUUGUCUCUCACCACCCUGCUUCUCCUUACUUCAUCUCCAGGAAAAAAACUGGUCUGCUUUGUUGACAGCUGUAGUGAUUAUUCUGACCAUUGCUGGAAACAUACUUGUCAUCAUGGCAGUGUCCCUAGAGAAAAAGCUGCAGAACGCCACCAACUACUUCCUGAUGUCACUUGCCAUAGCUGAUAUGCUGCUGGGUUUCCUUGUCAUGCCUGUGUCCAUGUUAACCAUCCUCUAUGGGUACCGAUGGCCUCUGCCUAGCAAGCUCUGUGCUGUCUGGAUUUACCUGGAUGUGCUUUUCUCCACGGCCUCCAUCAUGCACCUCUGUGCCAUCUCGCUGGACCGCUACGUUGCCAUCCAGAACCCCAUCCAUCAUAGCCGAUUCAACUCCAGAACUAAGGCAUUUCUGAAAAUAAUAGCUGUUUGGACUAUAUCAGUGGGUAUAUCCAUGCCAAUACCAGUUUUUGGGCUCCAGGAUGAUUCCAAGGUCUUUAAGGAAGGGAGCUGCUUACUCGCUGAUGAUAACUUUGUCCUGAUCGGCUCUUUUGUAUCAUUUUUUAUUCCCUUAACCAUCAUGGUGAUCACCUACUUUCUAACCAUCAAGUCACUCCAGAAAGAAGCUACUCUGUGUGUGAGUGAUCCUGGAACGCGGGCCAAAUUAGCUUCUUUCAGCUUUCUCCCUCAGAGCUCCCUGUCUUCAGAAAAGCUCUUCCAGCGGUCCAUCCACAGGGAGCCAGGCUCCUACGGCCGGAGGACAAUGCAGUCCAUCAGCAACGAGCAGAAGGCCUGCAAGGUGCUGGGCAUCGUCUUCUUUCUGUUUGUGGUGAUGUGGUGCCCCUUCUUCAUCACCAACAUAAUGGCCGUCAUCUGCAAAGAGUCCUGCAACGAGGAUGUCAUCGGAGCCCUGCUCAAUGUGUUCGUCUGGAUCGGUUACCUCUCCUCAGCCGUCAACCCGCUGGUGUACACACUGUUCAACAAGACCUAUAGGUCAGCCUUUUCAAGGUACAUUCAGUGUCAGUACAAGGAAAAUAAAAAACCACUGCAGUUAAUUUUAGUGAACACUAUACCAGCCUUGGCCUACAAGUCCAGUCAGCUCCAAAUGGGACAAAGGAAGAAUUCAAAGAAAGAUGACAAGACGACAGAUAACGACUGCACUAUGGUUGCUCUAGGAAAACAGCAUUCAGAAGGCACUCCUACAGACAGUAUCAACACAGUGAAUGAAAAGGUUAGCUGUGUGUGAUGGACUGGCUGCCAUGGCAACCGUGGAGUGCACACUGAGCGAGUUUUCACCUAUCUGGAAGGGAAAAGCAAAAAGAAAAAAGAAAAAACAUAGGGAGGCUGGAAAAAACUAGGCCAGUCUAGUGGAAUCAACAAUAGUAUCUAUAUGCCUCAUUUUAUUUUGUCAAUGAAAAGCAGGAUUCACAAAACGUGCACUUCAAAUAUUCUGACAGCAUUUCAGCUGUGAGCUUUAUGAUAUUAUUUUUAACAUUGUAAAUGACAUGUCUUUAAUUAGCUUUUAUUGUAUAAUUAUAAUGAGGCCAUAAAUAAAUCUAAAUUAACUUCUAUUUUCAAGUGGAAACCUUGCUAUUUACUAUGUUGUUAAUUGAUGGCAUGAGUUGGUCACUUACUGCUGUAAAUAAAAAUAGCUCUAAAUAGUGAAACAUCUGUUGACUAUAAUGGCCUCCUAAAUAAAGAUAAAUUCUCUUUAAGACUUACCAUGAUACAUAUUUUGAACAACAACAAAAAGACACCAAGGACAGUGUUACAAAAUCUGUCUUAUUAAGAUACUUAAAUGAGAUACUUGACAACUUUUUCAUUCCCACUUUUUCACAGAUGCCAUUUUGAAAUAUUUACAAAGUUGCUGGCAUUUGCUGCACUUCAAGUUAAUUCUUCUCAGAAGUGAAAGAUUUUAAAUGUUAUUUAGUAACUUCUGCUGCUUUAUUCUGAAUUUCCAGCGUGGUCUUGUUUAGUGUUUGCUCUACUAGGUAAACUAUCAAACGGAUAAUCAAAAAUUACCAAAUACAUUUCUAGAAACUGCUUCUCCUAAACAGCACCGUAGAAAUGUUUGGUAACUUGCUCUUUAAUGGCUGCGUUGUGCAUGUGCUCCUCCGAGCAGUAGGCAGUAUUGAUGUAACUGCGUCAGGACUGAGGAAAUGAGCUCAGGUUUUUGGCUACUGACAGCAGUAGAGUCUUAGGACAUCUCUGUAAAACGCAGGUGACCCUGCUGUUGGCACCCAUCAGAUAAACGGAGGCUUUCAAAUCAAUCUAUAUUAUUUACUAAAACUGUUCAGCUUUGGACUCACAAUUGUCUACUGAAUGGACACACUGUGUGAAGAAAUCUCCUGGGUACUAAGGAUAUAAAAAUAAUUAAAACAAGAUCUUUGCCUUUAAAGAAAAUGACCUAACUGGAAUGGUUCUUAUCAAAAAUAGUCAUUAACAGACUUAUUCUGAGAAUCAGUUCAACUUAUUUCCUUCUCACCUGGUUCAGAAACAGGUUUGUUUCAACUCUGAGGAUUUCUCAGUUAAGUUUCCUGACUAGUUGCCAAUGAAUACCAAUCAACCAAAGGGAGGGGGAAAUACCACUUAAGGUUAAAGCUUGGAAUUAGUUUAGAAAUACGCACUUCAACUUGGACUCCAACUAUGACUACCAAAGUUUCAAGCAAAAUUUUUGUUCCAUUUUCCUAAAGAUGAAUUAACUAAUUAUAUGCUGAUGCUGGAUUUUCCCCUCCAAAAAAAAAAGCAGUAAUAUAAUAUUUUGUAGAAAAGUUUGUUAAAGAAAGACAGAGAGUAAUAGCAGUUGAUUCACCUGGCUAUUAUUUUAGGUUGAAUUGCACAUUCUUAUUGGAGUAGAUGUUCAAAAUGUGCGUUCAAUACUGAAGCAUUUCUAUUGAAUGAGAAAUCAUUUUUUGCUCUAUGCCAUUUGGAAAAAAAAAUUAUAUAUUUGAAAACUAAACAAUGUGGGAGGUACCCUUGGGUAUUUGGAAAUGCAUUAGGGCUAUCCUAAUUAUGUGCUUCUAGCUACAUUGGAAGGUGUUUUUUUCAAAGCUAGAAUUUACAUUAAGCCACUAGUAUCUGGGCUGCAUUUGAGCUGAACUAUUUUCAUGAUUAUACCACAUGAACUGAUAAAAAUACAAAUGUUAAAAAGUCUGUGCUCAACUAUAUUUUGCCUUAGUUUAUAACUCUGCACAUCUCAUUAUAUAUUAGAGAAGAGACUACAGAUUCUACACCCAUAUACUCAGUCUUGAUCAGAAUGAACAUAAAUACUGCCUGGUAUGUCUUCUGACUACAUAUAUAUUACAGAUGUGUAUGCUUUUUCUCUCCAUGACUAUCUAUUCAAGUGUAUAUAGACAAACAUGUAUCUGUAUACUUGUUCAGACAUGUUCCCAUGCACUUUAUUCAAUAUUUAUAUAUUUAUAUGGAGGAAAAGCAAGAGUCAUGAAUGAAAACACUCAGUAUAUACACAUGUGUGCAUGUUUGUUUUGUGUCAAUUUAAAUGUGAAUUUCAUGUUCUAAUGUUUCUAUGACCUUCCAUUGCUGUCAAAGCAGAUUAAAAUGUGCCAGAAGUAUCAGGUCUUUAAAUAAACUGGAAGUUGACCUAAUUUUGUGGGGAGACUUUAACAGAAUUCUAUGAGGGUGGUGAAAGCAAUGAUCCUUAUACAUAUUUGACAGACUCUAAGUAAAAUGGUACCUUUGGGCCCUUUGUUUAGUCUGGGGAUUUUGUGACUGUGAAGGCUUUUUAAACACACCCCUCACCCCAGUGAAACAGACCUUGACUUAUUUAUGGAUCUAUGAUUAAAGGACUCACUCCCAGUCAAUAUUAUUAAAAUAGAGUGACCAACCUUAUUCUACCUUAAGUUGAACGGUAGAUUCUUCUACAUUUAAAGAAUUAAGUGCCAAAAUUAGGGAAAAUUCUCAGUUUAAAGCAUACUUAAUCUACUUGGGCACAGCACCAUCUCAUGGUCAUUUUUUGAAGUGCUACCGUAGCCAAAUUGAACUAACUCUACUAUUGCUUUUGGCAAAGGGUGCUUCUUCCAUUUGUGCAUCAAUGAAACAUAUUUAUAAAAUGUCAAAUUAUUCUGUGCCACAUGUAACAAACACAGUGAAGAUUAUUUUAUGUAAUUAUUUUAGU